AUGGUAAAGUUGUUAUUAGAAAGUGGAACAGACUGUAAUACAUGGAACGGUCUGUCAGCCUUAAGGGUGGCUUGUGAAUAUGGUCAUACAGAAAUAGUAAAGAUGUUGUUAGAAAGAGGUGCAGACUGUAAUAAAUGCAGGGGUAAGUCACCUUUAAUGGUGGCUUGUGAGCACGGUCAUACAGAAAUAGUAAAUAUUUUGUUAGAAGGAGGAGCAGAUAGUAAUGAACAAAAUAAAGAAAAAUCGAGGGGUCAGUCACCUAUAAUGAUGGCUUGUGAACAAGGUUAUACAAUAAUAGUAAAGCUGUUCUUAGACAGAGGGGCUAACUUUGAUAAAUGUGACAGAAAGGGACAGUCACCUUUAUUUGUGGCUUGUAAACAUGGUCAUACAGAAAUAGUAAAGAUGUUAUUAGAAAGAGGUGCAGACUGUAAUAAAUGUGACAAAAAUGACAAAUCACCUGUAUUAGAGGCUUGUAAACAUGGUCGUACUGAAAUAGUAAAUAUGUUGUUAGACAGAGGAGUACACUGUAAUAAAUGUGACAGAUUGCGAGAGUCACCUAUAAUGAAGGCUUGCGAACAUGGUCAUACAGAAGUAGUAAAACUGUUGUUAGACUGUGGAGCAGACUGCAAUACAUUUGACAUGUGGGGAAAGUCACCUUUAAUGGUGGCUUGUAAAAAAGGUCAUACAGAAAUAGUACAUACGUUGUUAGAAAGAGGAGCAGACUGUAAUAAUUAUAAAAGGAGGAGUCGCUCAUCUUUAUUAGCGGCUUAUCAACAAGGUCAUACAGAAAUUGUUAAUUUGUUGUUAGAAAGAAGAGCAGAUUGUAAUAAAUGUGAUGAUUAUAACAAAUCACCUGUAGUGAAGGGAUGCAAAGAUGGUAGUACAGAAACAGUAAAUACGUUGUUAGAAAGACAAGCAGUCUGUAAUAAAUUUGUUGAGGAUGACAAGUCACCUCUACUGAAGGCUUGUAAAGAUGGUAAUACAGAUAUAGUAAAGAUGUUGUUAAACAGAGGAUCAGACUUUAAUAAAUGUGAUGAAGAUGACAAUUCAGCUUUAAUGAAGGCUUGUCAAUAUGACAGAGGAGCAGACUGUUCUAAAUUUGAUGAAAUUGGCAAUUCAGCUUUAAUGAAAGCCUGUGAAUAUGGUCAUACAGAAAUAGUGAAGAUGUUUUUAGACAGAGGAGAAGAUUGUAAUCACAAGGGAAUCUGGGGAGACUCAUCUUUAACGAGGGCUUCUCAACAUGGGCAUACAGAAAUAGUAAAGUUGUUGUUAGACAGAGGAGCAGAAUGUUAUCAAUAUAGACCCUGGGAAGAAUCAUCAUUAAUGCUGGCUUCUAAUUACGGUCAUACAGAAAUAGUAAAGGUAUUGUUAGACAGUGGAGCAAACUGUAAUUACAUUGGGUGGUUUGAUCAGACAGCUUUAACGCUGGCUUGUAGUCAUGGGAAUGUACCAAUUAUAAAGCUGCUGUUAGAUAAUGGAGCAGACUCUCAUGUAUGUAACACUUGGGGAGAUGUACCUUUAACGAUGCUUUGUAAACAAGGUCAUACAGAAUUAGUAAAACUGGUGUUAGAUGGAGGGAAAGGCUGUAAUAUAUGUGACAAUUUGGGACAGACACCUUUAUUGGUAGCUUGUGAACAAGGUCAUGCAUUAUUAGUAAAGAUGUUGUUAGACAGAUUAGCAGAUUAUGAUAAAUGUGACAAAUGGGGACAGUCACCAGUAAUGAUGGCUUGUAAACAAGGUCAUACAGAAAUAUUACGGAUGUUGUUAGACAGAGGAGCAGACUUAAAUAUAUGUGAUGAAGAUGACAAGUCUCCUUUAAUGAAGGCUUGUGAACGUGGUUAUACAGAUAUAGUCAAGAUGUUGGUAGACAGAGGAGAAGACAUAAAUAAAUGUGACGGAUGGGGACAGUCACCUUUAACGGUGGCUUGUGAACAUGGCCAUACAGUAUUAUUAAAGAUGCUGUUAGAAAGAGACGCAGAUUAUAAUAAAUGUAACAGAAGGGGUCAGUCUCCUUUAAUGAAGGCUUGUGAACAUGGUCAUACAGAAAUAGUUAACAUGUUCUUAGAUAGAGGAGACAACUGUGAUAAAUGUGACAGCUGGGGACAGUCAAUUGUAAUGAAGGCAUGUGAACAUGGCCGAACAGUAUUAUUAAAGAUGUUGUUAGACAGAGAAGCAGAUUAUAAUAAAUGUGACAGCAGGGGUCGGUCACCUUUAAUGAAGGCUUGUGAGCAUGGUCAUACAGAAAUAGUAAACAUGUUGUUAGAAAGGGGAGCAGACUGUAAUAGCUGUGAUGAAGAUUACAAGACAGCUGUAAUGAAGGCUUGUGAACAUGGUCAUACAGAUGUAGUAAAGAUUUUGUUAGACAGAGGAGUAGACUGUAAUAAAUGUGGAAACUGGGAGCAUUCACCUUUAGUGACGGCUUGUAAACAUGGUUAUACAGAAGUAGUAAAGCUGUUGUUAGACAGAGGAGCAGAUUGUAAUAUAUGUAAUAAAUGGGGACAAUCACCUGUAAUGAAGGCUUGUAAACAAGGUCAUACACGAAUAGUAGAGAUGUUAUUAGACAGAGGAGCAGACUGUAAUAUAUGUGAUAACUGGGAUCAGUCACCUGUAAAGGAGGCUAUUGACAAUGAUCGUAUAGUUAUAGUAACAAUGCUAUUAAACAGAGGAGCAGACUAUGAUCAAUAUAAUGUUAAUGUUUGUUCACCUUCAGAGAUGGACAACUGA